AUAAACGAGCCCGAAGCAUCCUCACCUUUUCAAAGCCGAGAACUAGACCACUUCCACAUUUCAGCUUUACUCCCAAGAGACCAAGAAACAUGACACCCAUGCCUUCUUUCUUGCUCAUCCUGUUGACUCCCACUUUUCUGUGCCUGGCUAGAGCACAAGACAGAGCCCCCCAUGGCCUGGCCUAUGAAAACCCCGUGGCCUUCUCACCUUCGGCAUAUGAUUUCUUCCACCCAAACACGCAGCAGACCACCGUAAGGAACCCGUGUGCUGAAUCCAGUUGCUCCCCAUUGCCUGAGGCGGCUCAAAUGGCUGAGGCUGCUCAAGCACAGGAAGGCAAACUCUCCGCGACCCAUGAUGGUAAAAGCAGGAUGGGAGCUGGUGGCAUUGUCGGCAUUGUGUUCGGUCUAGCAUUUGCUGUGCUCUUGGCAAUGGGUGUAUACUAUGUGGUGGUCACUCGCCGGGCUAAUACAAGCAAAGCCAAAGCCAUUCAACCAGAUGCUGGAUGCGCACAGUCAGUGUAGAGUGUUCCAUCAUGCCGAGAAGCCUAUCCCUAUCCCCUUCUCUCUGUCCUAACUACUGCUAUUGUUCGCUUUCUCUCUCUCUCCCUCCCUUUCUCGCUAGGAUUUAUCGUCAGGGAAGUUUUCUAGCUGAUGUAUGUAUUUCUGAAUCUAGUGAAUACAUUUAGAUUUAGUGGAAA